AUGGUUGGGGAGAGGAUUGCCCGUAAAUUGCUCUCAAGCUUCCCGUAUACUCCGAAAGGUCAGAUUAAACUCACGUUGACCUUGUUCCUCGGCAGUGCAGUGUUUAUGGAUGUCGCAGGGAGAAUUGAGAACAGUGGUAAGAGCGACGGACGUCUGCGCAGCGAAGCACAGAAGAGGACGGACUUCUUAGAGGCCGAGCAAAGAUUGCGCCAGAAACGUGAAGACGAGAAACACCGAGAAUACAUGCAGAAACAGAUCAACGACAUCAACGAGCGACACUCGACCAGCGACGACCAGACUCCAGGAACCAGGUCAGGUAACGUGCAAUCCGACAAUUUACCACGACGUCCCUCUCAACCUAUUCAAACUCUUCGUCGAAUCAAUACCAAGGAAGCGCCGCGUCUGCCAAGUGCCUCCUCGGUCGGUCACAGUGAAGAUAAGCCAGUCGACAGAGUAGGACCUGAUUCAUUCAGUAGCACGGCAAAGUCCACUCUCCGUGCUUCAAUCGCUCAACUCGAGUCUCUGCUUCAUGAGGCCGCUCGCCUGGCUGAAGCUGCUGUCUCCCAAGAUGAUAGAGAGAACCAAGUCCAACAGAAGCCAACGACGGCUAGCACUCAAGAUGACUCAGAAGACAUAGUUCUGCACCCUGUCAAGCUUGCCAGGUCAUUGAGCCCUCCUCUACUGACCACUCGGGGCGUGAGAUCAGUUACCAGCUUACCUAUUGUCAAGGCCACUCUUGCCCUGCCUCAACUCACCCUACCUGAUUCGACGAGUUCCGACCGCGACGUCUGGUUGCCAAGGUCGGCUUGUGGGAAUUAUGAACCAAAACUUCACAACAUACAAGAGCGUCUGCACGAUUGGGUCUGUCCAGAGAGCAGGCAUGAGUCAAUUACUGAAUUCGCGGAAUCAGCUAUUGCUAUCACCGACGAUCCUCCAAAACUACCAGCUUUGCCUUUCGAGCCCAAGACAACCACGGAGCUUGUCAACAGGUCACCGGAAGACAGGCUGCUACAGCCCAGGGUGCACUUCCAAGAAUCUUAUCCAGUGGUCCCUGCGAGGCAAUCUUCUUCCAAGCACCAUAGGUGGCGGAAACCUAGCAUUGCACCUGCGCCUUUCGUCAUCACUCACGAGUCGACUUCCGAUGAAGACCUUGCAUCCUCACCAGGGACUGUAUCACUUCGAAGAUUUGAGGAGCCGUUGCGAGCCGAAGAGUUUGCCAGUCCCAAAGCACAAAUCAACGACAUGGAAGUCACGGACUGGAAUGCCGUAUUGGCAGACGAGCAUCUCAAGCCAAGAAAAGUGAUGACCGGGCACGAACGUCACUUCUCGAACAUUUUUGGUAUUCACUCGACAUCCAGUCUGGCCAUCGACCUUCCGCCAAAUAGUUUGCAACCUCCUGAGAUCGAUCUGAGAAAGCGGUCGUAUGUCGAUGUCUAUCACCAAGGGCAAUCCUUCGAUGUGUAUGACACGACUCCACAUCCCGUCAUCGCUCGACAAUGGCCAAACUCACGCAAGCGCUUCACAGCAUUCGUUGCAUGCAUGGAUACUGCCUGCAUAGCCUUUUUGUUCGGGGUUUAUGAUGGUCAGGUCCCUGCAAUGCAAUAUGCUCUAGCUGACUUUGGACACUACACCAUACUCGGGAAUGUGGUCAUGUACGCUGGUUUGGCUCUUACGAGUCUUGCUUGCUGGCCUCUUCCAUUACUGCACGGACGCAAGCCUUAUUCUAUAUUUGCCCUGCUGAUCACGUUGGUGCUUCAAGUGCCGCAGGGUCUGGCCGUCGCCGGAUUCCGCGAUCCUUCCACCAUGACUUACAAAUGCUUAUUACUCAUCUCAAGAGCUGGUUCGGGACUAGCACUCGGACUGUCCUACAUCAACCUAAGGGCAGUACUUUUAGACUGUUUCGGCGCCUCCCUGCGAAGUCAAUUGGCUGACUCUGAGGAUGUUGAUCCGUUGGAUGUACGACAGCACGGAGGUGGUAUGGGUAUGUGGCUCGGAUUUGUCUCAUGGUGUACUAUUGGGCCAAUCAGUAUUGGUUUCAUGGUUGGCGCCUCGAUUGUGCACUCUGGUGCAACUACGUCUUGGGGGUUUUGGAUCUGCAUGUUCGUACUACUGCUGUGUCUGUUUUUGAACAUCAUAGUACCAGAGACACGUGAGACAGCAUUUCGUCGGACACUAGCAGAUCUGAGUGGACAACAAGGCGGCUUCAGUCGGGUCACCCGAGGCGAGGUCAAAAUGCAUCUUGACUCGACUGGACCAUACUAG